UAGCCGUCUUCACGUGCUGCCAGUGCGGUGACCGAUGAUCUUUGACCCUGCGCUGGCCGCGGCCGCCCGAAGGCACCAGCGAGCUCAAAACAAGGUCAACAAAUCUCCCACACCUGGAGGCUUGCCUACUUCCCCAGCUGACAACAAUAAUAACAACCGGAACAACAACGUUUCCUCAUCAACCAGCACGGAUUCAACAAAGGUUCCGCUACCCAUCGACGAUGCCGCAGCAGCAGCAGCAGCCGACACGACUCCUCCUUCCACAAGCAGCGAUUCCGGCGCGGCCAAAGAUCUUGUGACAGGCGAGAAAGCGAGAUCGACCAGCAGUAGUAGUGGUGAUGCGGGCAGCAGCAGCGGCGGCGCGGCGGCGGCGGUGGCACUGGGUGGAACGGCUUCUUCGAAUUCCAAUGGGGUGGACUUUGAAGGAGCCACGGCGAGAGCUCGGGCGGGGGGUGGGGCGUCAAGACAGAGACAAAUGAAGCCGCGGGUGUUGUUGAAGAUCGUCGUGCUCGGAUGCAGCAACGUCGGGAAAACGAGCCUGAUGAAGCGGUACGCCGCCGGGGACUUCACGGACUACCGCCGCCCAACCAUCGGUGCGGAUUUCAUGACCAAGGAAGUCGUGGAAGGGGACCAGCCGAUGCUUUUACAGAUAUGGGACACGGCGGGGCAGGAACGGUUUCACGGGGGCUCCUUGGGGUCGGGGUUCUUCCGAGGCGCCAACGCGGCCUUGCUGGUGUACGACGUGGCUUGCGCGGUGUCCUUCGAGCAGGUGGCCAUGUGGCGAGAGGAACUGCUGGUUCGAUUAGACGUGGACCCGCAUGACUUUCCCAUCGUCGUCAUCGGCAAUAAGGUCGAUUUAGCUACCGGGUUGGCAAUGGAUGGGAUUCACGGAGUGGAUAAGACUCGAGUGAUGAAGUGGUGCGAGAUGCAGGGCAUGGGGCACAUCGAAACCAGCGCGAAGGACGGCACAGGCGUGGAGGUCGCAAUGCAGGCCGUCGCGGUGCUAGCCCUAGAACAGAAGCGCAAGCGGGAGCGAGAUUUAGCGCUCAACCCUUCUCUGGGGGGCGGGACGACGCUUGACCUAGCCGACCAGCGCGCGCGACAGCAGAGAACCGGCGGGUGCUGCUGGUAGUGUCAGUUGAUUUUAAGCUUUCUUCUGGACGGAGAAAAGGCGGUCACUGUUGGUACAGCAGAACGAGAGGGGUGGGAGGGGGUUU